GCCGAGAGGGGCAGGCGAGUUAGUAAACAAGCGCCGCACCUCGUGGUGCCACGGGGCGGGUGUCGGUGGCGUGGUGGUCGUCGGGGCAGGCAGCGGCAGCGAGUGCUGGAGGUGGUCAGUCAUGGCAGGGGAUGCCAUCAUGGUUAUGCGAGGGCUGGCGAAGCUCAGUAAGGCAGUCGUAGAAACACAAGCAGGACAGCUCCGGCAAGUAGUUCUUGGUGGUGAUGCAGCAACCAUGGUCAGGAGCUUUCAGGCGACUGCUGAAGAACAGAUCAGUGCUGUCAUGGGGAAAAUGCAGGAACUGGGCAAACAACAGGAAAACUUGAAAGAUAUUGGUGAGGACUUUGGAAAAGACUACAACUUCUCAGAAUCAGAGAUGGGAGGUGCUACACAGGACUUCUCUCCUCCUCAAGACCAGCUUCAUAAGCAAAGUGGUGCAGAGGGCCCAUCUUAUUCUUAUGUUGCUAAAGAACCUUUUCCAGGUGUUGGUGGGAGUGGAGACUCCAGAUCAAGUCAUAAUCCCAUGUCUGCCAAAGUGAAUGCAAAGCUCUUUGGAGGCUUUAGGGACCCUGGGAAUUUUUUUGCUCCUACCUAUGGGCAAAGCCGGGCAUUUCACCAAGACCAUUCCUCUGUUGGUGGACUAACAGCUGAAGAUAUUGACAAAGCCAGGCAAGCUAAAGCGGAUCCACAGCAGAAACCGCACAAACAGAUGCUCAGCGAACAUGCCCGAGAGCGGAAAGUGCCAGUUACUCGAAUUGGGAGACUCGCUAACUUUGGAGGCUUAGCUGUUGGCCUUGGCAUUGGAGCAUUGGCAGAAGUUGCAAAGAAGAGCCUUAGAUCUGAAGAGCGCAAUGGAAAGAAAUCUGUUACGGAUUCUAGCCCGUUUCUAUCAGAGGCCAACGCAGAAAGAAUUGUGAGGACCUUGUGCAAGGUUCGAGGGGCUGCGCUGAAGCUGGGACAGAUGCUGAGCAUUCAAGAUGAUGCCUUCAUCAACCCUCACCUGCAGAAGAUUUUUGAACGCGUCCGUCAGAGUGCAGACUUCAUGCCUUUGAAGCAAAUGAUGAAAACUUUGAACUCUGACCUCGGCCCUAACUGGCGUGAUAAAUUGGAGUUUUUUGAGGAGCGACCUUUUGCUGCAGCUUCAAUUGGACAGGUUCACCUGGCUCGCUUGAAGAACGGCAAAGAAGUUGCCAUGAAAAUCCAGUAUCCUGGAGUGGCCCAGAGCAUCAAUAGUGAUGUCAGCAACCUGAUGACCGUCCUGAGUAUGAGCAAUGUUCUCCCAGAAGGCCUCUUCCCUGAACAUCUGAUUGAAGUUCUGAGCAGAGAGCUGGCCUUGGAAUGUGAUUACAAGAGAGAAGCUGCCUGUGCAAAGAAAUUCAGGGAGCUGUUGAAGGACCACCCGUUCUUUUACGUCCCUGCUGUGGUGGAUGAGCUGUGCAGCCCACAUGUUCUGACGACAGAACUGGUGACAGGGUUUCCACUGGAUCGAGCUGAAGAACUGAGCCAGGAGAUCCGGAAUGAGAUCUGCCACAACAUCUUGGUUUUGUGCCUGCGGGAGUUGUUUGAGUUCAGGUACAUGCAGACUGAUCCAAACUGGUCGAACUUCUUCUACGACCCCGAAUUGCAUAAGGUGGCACUUUUGGACUUUGGAGCAACACGGGGGUUUGAUGAGGAAUUCACUGAUGUCUACAUAGAGUUAAUCAAAGCAGCUGCUGAAUUGGACAGAGAGCGAGUGAAAAAGAAAUCAAUAGAAAUGAAAUUCCUAUCUGGCUAUGAAGUCAAGGCUAUGGAAGAUGCCCACCUGGAUGCUGUCCUCAUCCUUGGAGAAGCUUUUGCAUCUAGUGAACCUUUUGACUUUGGUGGCCAAAAAACCACUGAGAAGAUACAUGGCUUAAUCCCAGUCAUGCUGAAGCACAGGCUAGUCCCUCCACCAGAGGAGACCUACUCUCUUCAUCGGAAAAUGGGAGGCUCCUUCCUCAUAUGCUCCAAACUGAAGGCCCAAAUUCCAUGCAAGAACAUGUUUCAGGAAGCCUACAGUAAAUACUGGAGUGGAAAGGCCAAGAAGGAAUAGUAGCACAGGAGAACUAUUGAACACCGCCCUGUGUUUAUGGCCAAUCAUCCACAUUCUAGCAAACCACAGUACUACUUCUCUCACAGCCCCAGAAUCACUUCAGAAGUGCAGCAGCCUGUCUCCUGGAAGCAGUGUCCCUGGUUUUAAGGACAGUGCUGUUGUUUUGUUGGGCAUAUCUUCUCUUUACGCUCUCACCAGAUUAUCUGUGCAGCCUCUGUUUUUACAAGAAGUGGUAGUCUAGUGUAGGGAAUGAGGGGGAAAGCUAGGCAGCUGCAUUUCUUACUGUCCUAGGUAUCAGCUUUCUUUUUCAUGUUUUAAUACUGAUAGCUGUGUACCUUUUCUUUUCUUUUCUUUUUUUUUUAAAAAAAAUGGGGUGGAGGAAAGAGAACCAAACCGAGUUGGCAUUGAAAUCUAUUUGUAAUUCUCCAAAUGUUUGUGGGUGUUUUCCUUUUUUUAGAUGUCCUUUAAUUUUUUUUCUAAGGUAGAAUGCAAAUGGUUUCAUAUUGCGAAGUAUAGAUUGCCAACAUAACUUACAAGAGAAGCCUAUUUUUGUAUGAUAUUUGGUGGGAGUCUGUUAACGGUCGGGAUCUUCUGAUGGAACAAUGUAAGAUGUGUACAUAGGCUAUUUUAUGCCUUCAGUCUCUGGUUUUCAAGGAAAGUGAAGAUUUUAAAGAAUCUGAUGCAAGUGGUGCAGUGGUGUACUUGGAACACCCAGGGUUUAAAUUCAGAUGCUCACCUCCGGUUCUCUGAGCUGAAUGUAUAAGCGGAGGGAAUGUAGUUAAUGGGGUUUCUCAGUAAGUGGAGAAUUAGAGAAACCAAAGCUCUAAUUGUGGCAUUUAAAGAAGCCCAGCAAUGAAGCUACACUUUCUCCAUUUUCGGGCUUGCACCUUUGUAAUGCAGCCUUUGAUGAAAGGGUGCAGGGAAGCCAGGGAGAGGCACAUACUCUGGGCUUCUUAUAGCAGCAUUGAAGGCAUUUCAAGGUUUCAUUGAAAAGCAUAAUAAAUGUGUAAGUAGCUGAACGCACAACUUUAAGCAAUUGGAGGCAGAUUGGCAAAUAUAUUUUGGUUUUUUUGUACAACAGUUGGAGCUGUACAACUUUCAACUGAUUUCCAAUAAAGUGCUUGUGCAGAAGGA